GUAAUAACUCAGUUUUUGUCGUCUACGCUUGGGUUGGAUUUCCAGGAGCAGCAGCUGGCAAUAUGGAGACGGAAGGCAGGGAGCCCAGUCAGCUACAGAAAGAGUGCCAAAGCCACUGGCUUGAUGAAUUAAGAGCCGCGGGGCAUCCUGCAAGCUGCACAAUCGUUCUGUCUUCAGCGCAGUCCGCCCGAGCAGUCUUCACAAUGGCUCUGUCGUGUCUUCGUAAGAUCUUGGCCUAUGAGGAGAUAAGUCUCCCAACCAAUAUUGAGCUCCUGAAGGACCUCCUGUCAGAAUUUCAUGUUGAAGAUGGAGAUAAGCUCCUGGGAUCUGUGGAUAUUCUCCCCAGACCUCGGACAGGAAGUCUGGAGCACAACUUCCUGGAAAUGUAUUGGUUUCUUGAUAACUUUGUAGAAGCAGCAAUGCAGCAUGAUCUAUCAGGAGCAAUCGAGCUGGUUCUCAGUCUUGAGGAGCUAGUGCGUUGUGCAGAGUCCUAUGAGCGUAACUACAAUUCUUCAGGAUCCGCUGAUGGGCAAGGCAGCUGGAAUGGCUCAGCACCAGGCUCCAUUGGCCGCAGAAGCUCUUUCUCGGUUUCAGUAACACAGCAUAGUUUGGUAACCUAUCUCCGGAAAAAACUAAGUAAUUCAGCGAAGUCUUUGCUUGGCCAUGAUUGGGAUCUGCAGGACCCUGGUAGGAGCUGGCGUGGAAAGGUAAGGAUUGUCUUCAGCUGCACUCUUGUCGAUCUUCUUUUAACUGGGCGUGUCGCUCACGGUCCCUUUUCUUUUCCAAUUCCUACUGAAAGCCAGGAUGUUUGAUUAAAAGAAAAAAAAAAAAGCAAGCAUGUUUGAUAAGAUGUGAGUAACUGGAUGAUGUGCCCUUCAGAG